GCCCGUCUAGCAAAGUACAUCGCCAUCUAGUGUCGAACUUCCAACCUUGAUUAUUAGGACCAGUUACUGGCAUAUGUCCCCCAUUGGGGAUACAGCCAUAAGGAAAGGAAGGAAGGAAGGCAUACAGAUUCCAUUAUGGUUAGAGUUCAGUGUGAAUUACCGGUGAAGCAUCAAUGAAGUAGAGAAUAUUAUGAAUAUUCUGCGUGAGAUUAUUGAAUACGGAGCUGAUCCAAAAAUCAUUAUCGCUCUAGCAGCUACAAUAAGUUUCUGUAUAUAUAAAUUAAUAAGAAGUGAGCAGAAACGUGAGACUAUACUUGCUAAGGAUAUUGUCACAGUUUAUUAUUCAUUACAGGGCUCUGAAGAUGAUGAUUAUAAACUUGUUUUGGUUAUUAGAACUGACUUGAAAAUGGGCAAAGGAAAAGUUGCUGCCCAAUGUGCACAUGCUGCUGUUGCUGCAUACAAGGCAGCACAAAAGCAUCCUGCUAUAUUAAAAUCUUGGGAGGAUUGUGGUCAGGCAAAGAUAACACUUAAGGUCGACAAUGAGGCUGCAUUGCUAGAAUUAGCAAAACAUGCUAGAUCUGUUGGUCUUCUCACAAACGUUGUUCAAGAUGCAGGGCGUACACAGAUUGCAUCUGGUAGCAGAACUGUGUGCGGGAUUGGUCCAGGUCCUAUUGAGUUAAUUGAUAAAGUCACAGGACACUUAAAAUUGUUUUGAUAUUAUUAAAAAUAAAUGAUGUGAAUAUGGACAAG